AUGUCUGCGCCCGACCAGAACCUCCGCCAGCUCAAGUCCGGCCUCAACCUGCACGUCGAAGUCCUCAACCCGGACGCUCAGCAAACCAUCAUCUUCAUCCACGGCUUGGGCGGCUCGUCGACCAACUUUGCCGCCGUCAUCCAGGCUGCCGGACUUGCCGAAACCUACCGCGUCGUCUCGUUCGACUUCGAAGGCCACGGUCUCAGCCCGCUCAGCGGCAACGGGUCGACAAGCGUCGAGGGAUACGUCGAGAGCGUUGCGGAGGUGCUUGACAGCGUUGGGGCGGACAAAGCGACGGUCGUCGGACACAGUCUCGGCGGGCUGAUCGCGACGACAUUCGCCGCCAAGCACGCUUCGAGGGUCGACAAGCUCAUCCUCCUCGGCCCGGUCAAGAAAAUGGCGUCCGGCGGAGUCGACGCCUUGACGAAGCGCGCCGAGACGGUCCGUUCAGGCGGCAUGUCCGCCAUCGUCGAUGCCGUCUCCACUGCCGGCUGCUCAGCCAAGACCAACUCCUCCCGUCCUCUCAGCAAAGCCGCCGUCCGCGCAUCGCUUCUCGCUUCGCAGCCGGAGGGAUACGCUCAAGCCUGCCUUGCGCUCGCACACGCCGACGACCCCGACUACUCGGCUAUCACGGCGCCUACGCUCAUCGUCGCCGGCAGCGAGGACAAGACCUCGCCUCAGGCGACUAUCGACUUCCUCUCCAGCGCAAUCACGGGCGCGAAGGUCGCCAAGAUCGAGGACAUCGGCCACUGGCACGAGCUCGAGGACGUCGAUGCCGUCGCGAGGGAGAUCAAGAACUUCGUGCAGUAG